GCGCAGAUCACGGCGGCGGUGCACCAAAACAUACGCGACGCGGGCGGCAAGGGGCAGCACCUCCUCAACCUCGGCCACGGAGUGCUGCAGGGCACGCCCGAGGCGUCCGUGGCGGCGUUUGUCAACGCCGCAAAGUCGUUCACGGAGUGA